UUCUGUGUUGGUUACAAUUAGCAUGAAUAUUGCAUACUAAAGCUAUUAAAGGCAGGAUAGGCAGGAAUUAUCUAAAAAAACUUUUUUACAAAUUUGUUUAAACUGUCUUUAUAUACCAAAUACCAAUACAUAAGUAAAAUGUAAGUACUCUGAAAAAGAGAGUAUAAAAAUCGAGUGUCUGUAGACCACUCACGACUAGGGUUGGGUAUCGGUUGGGUUUUAUUCGAUACCAGUACCUACUCGGUCUUUUUUAAACGGUUCCGGUUCUUAAACGGUUCUUAUAUCGGUACUUUAGAGGAAAAAAAUGCACACACGUUGUCAAAAAAACCCCCACUUUUAUUUACUGGGCCUAACUUAAUACAAUAUUAACUUAAGUCUUUACAUAAACAAUUUAAAUACAACUAAAAUAUGGUAAUGAUAAAUAAAACAAUAAAUUAAAUUUCACUUUUACAUAAAAUCAAAUAAAACAAUAUUGUAUCAAACAAUAUAAUUAUACUGGAGAUUAACGGAGAUUACAACCAGGGUAAUCUAAUCUCCAUUUUCUCUUCUUAUGACCUGAACUGAACAGUGCAAAACCUUUAAAAUGUAGUGCAAAACCUUAAAUAUUUAAAUAGAAUCAAAUAUUAAACAAAUAUAUAGAACAAGAUAUUACACAACAAUAGUAUUGCACAUUUAAAGAAGCUUUUGUGACUGGUGGUUGGGACACUUUACAUCAGUUUUAACAAUUCUUCUGCAAGAAUAUCACCAUAUUGGCCUUCUCUGGCAAUAUACGGCAUCUUUCUUGACUUAUAGUAUGCCCAGCACAGGAGAAAACCCUCUCAGAGGGGGUUGAUGAGGCCUGCACACACAAGUACACCUCUGACAGGACAGACAAAUUAGGGAGGGUAUCCCUCUUACCCCCCCACCAGGCCAAAGGGUCUUGUCCAGAUGGGAUGGCUGGCAGGCUUUUGUAGAUCUCCAUCUCUUUCUGCACCUGCUCUGUGAUGGAGAGGACACCUGUGGACUGAGCUGUAUGAAGUUCUCGGUCUUCAUCCUCAAACAACUGCUCCAAGGCUGACAUCUUGAUCUUGUACAUACAAACAAUUUCAGUACAUCACAAAAACAACCACUCAUUCAAUGUACAAUACUAGAUAGAUAGUAUAUAGUUGAACUUACACAUUUGCCUGCUUGGUCCUCCUCCUCACCUGCCUCAGUCUGCUGAGGAGGGUUAUCCUCUUUUGGAUGCUGUAGACACAAACAGAGUGACCAUAAAACAGGUCAUGGACACAGUGCAUAUGAAAAAAGUUGAGCAAUUAAUACACUGUCUGACAAACAUGGAGCAAAAUACCUGAGCUGCCGUAGCGGCAGUGUCGAUUGCUUUUUCAAGCCUUUCCCAAGUUUCUGCAACACCAACUUCCAGCCUGCCUUUAAAGCGAGGAUCCAUCAAUGUGGCCUCCUGAAGGAAGUUCUGAACGUCUUGAUCCUGUAAGGAAAACAUGGUUUAGUGUCUAAUGGUGAAAAUGGUGUGGUUUGCCUUCUUUCUUUGUGAACCUGGAUAUUGGCUGCAAAUGGAUAAUACCUGGUAUCUUUUUUCAAGAUCUCCCCACACCUUCUCUUUUAUAGCAGUUACAAAGACAUUGUCAUCAUCGGAGGUUGAAUAGUGUGCCUUCAGCUUUGUGAGGAUGUGGAUGAUUUGGCUGAUUGUGGGGGACUUGUCACUUGACACACAGAGGGUUGAGGUGUACAAGACCUUCAUGCAUUUGAUGAAUUCCUCUGCCUUCUCAAAAUCACUCUCUGUAAGCCUUUCUAGUCUGUAGAAAAUAAUUAAUAAUGUUAAGAACAAAAGGUAAAUUUAAAUUGUUGCAUGUGUGACCCUUUUGUCCAUCACCUCACCUGUCCCUCUCCAUUGGCUUUCUUAGCCUUUGAUCGAGGCAAGCUGCCUGGAUUGCAGGGAACUGCUCCACAAACCGCUCCACCAUGAGGUACAGAGAAUUCCAGCGAGUCCUCACAUCAAGGAUAACAUUGUGCUCUGGCAAAUCUAAGAGCCUGUUUACACUUGGCAUUAACAUGUGUUUUCGUCGAUCGGAUCGCAAGUGGACGAGAGAGACACAUUGCGUUUACACCUGGUAUUUAAAUCCGUCUCUUUUGUCCACUUUCGACCACUUAUGUCCUCAUGGGAGGGUCAGUGGGAGGGUCUAUAAUGCUUUCGUCAUAAGCGCGUGCCGGAACUUAAGAGUCUAUUCUCCGUAACAUUACGUCAGAGCUUCCAUGCUUGUAUUGUUGUUCCAAACAUGCUGCACGAGGUUUUGUAUAUGUAUAUGUACGGGCUCUUUCAGAUAUUUCAGAGCAAUGGACGAAAUACGCUCACACAAAUGUCACUAGUUAAAAAAAUGAAACAGAGGAGAAAUAGGCGGAGAGCUGCCGCUUUCGUUUCGGCAAUGAUAGCAUCAAGACCCCGUCGAAUAUUGUGGAAUCGUCGGCGAAGUCGGGAAUGGUGGAACAAUAUUGUGCUCGGUACGUAUAAUGAUGAUCAAUGGCUUGAACAUUUUCGUAUACGACGACGCACAUUUAAUGUUCUGUGCGACAAAUUGCGGCCACUGCUGAAGAAAAAACAAACCCAUUUACGACAGACUAUUACUGUAGAACUGCGAGUUGCAGCUGCUUUGUGGUACCUUGCAUCCGGAACAGACUACCGAACAUUGGCUGAGUUGUUUGGAAUGGGCAAAGCGACUGUGCACCGCAUUGUUUCGGAAGUGUGUGAAGCAAUACGAACACUGCAAAGCUUUUUUAUUAAUUUGCCAAAGGGAGAGAAGCUCCAGGAAGUUGUUGAAGGCUUUAAAGAGAGAUGGGGUUUUCCUCAGUGUGCUGGAGCAAUUGAUGGAUCCCAUAUAUCGGUUACCCCACCUUCUGAGGAUUCAAAGGACUAUUACAACAGAAAAGGAAGCUACUCAAUUAUAUUACAGGCAGUUGUGGAUCACAGAUCUCGCUUUACCAAUAUAAAUGUGGGGUGGCCAGGCAGUGUUCAUGAUGCGCGAGUGUUGCGUAAUUCCACCUUGUUUCAUCUAGCAGAGAAUGGACAGCUGUUCCCAACGGAAACACAAGAAAUUGAGGGUGUGCACAUUCCAGUGAUGCUACUUGGUGACCCUGCAUACCCACUCAUGAGCUGGUUGAUGAAGGGAUUUCCUGACAAUGGUCAUCUCUCCAGAGAACAGAGGCUCUUCAACUACCGUUUGAGCCGUGCACGUAUGACUGUUGAAUGUGCAUUUGGACAGCUGAAAGGGAGAUGGAGGUGUUUGCUGAAAAAAAUUGAAGUCAGCAUAACAAGAGUCCCAACCAUUAUCAGUGCCUGCUGUGUCCUACAUAACUUGUGUUCAAUGAACGACGACACAUUCUUGGAUGCUUGGAUGCAGGAUGUAGAGGAGCCGGUGGAAGUGAAUGCACCUGACAUUCCAGUGACUCAAGAGAGAGCUGAAGGCCCACAGUGUGUUAGACGGGCACUCUCGUUAUAUUUUGACAAAAAUCCAGUUUAAACGAUUGUACUGAAACCUUGUAUAGAACUUGUACAGUAUCUAAACUUAGGUUUCUGUUUACUUCGUAUUGAUUUGAUUGUGUUAUUCUCAAUAAAUCUCUGAUUUUUGUCC